AUGGCUGAGGUUGUGGGUCUGGAGAAGGUCAAACAGUAUCUUUUGACGAAUGGCGCCGAGUAUCUUUUGCCUAAACUCCGAGAGUUCCCGGCGAGUAGUGCCACAGUGGAACUCGCUGCAGAGCAACUCUCCUGCAGUCCAGCGAUGAUCGCGAAGAGUCUCAGUUUCUCACUCGCAAAGAAAAAAAAUGCGGAGUGCAUUCCUAUUCUCAUUCUCGCCGCAGGAGAUGCAAAAGUAAACACAAAUAAGUAUCGCGACAAGUUUGCACGUCGACCUGAGAUGAUUAAACGUGAGGAUCUCGAAAACGUGAUUGGAUUCCCCGCCGGUAGUGUUUGUCCAUUUGGUGUAAAGGAUAAUGUACGUGUUUUCCUUGAUGUCUCACUACGUCGCUUUCAAACUGUAUAUCCAGCAGCAGGAACAGCAAAUAGUACAGUGCCUAUGGAGAUUGAAGAAUUGGAGCGUUUCUCACGCUAUGUGGAGUGGGUAGAUGUGUGCGAAGGAUGGCAGCAGGAGUCACAGGUUAACAUCUCAGAUACACCACAGCAAAAAGAAGAACAAGAACAUAAGGAAGAGCAGUGA